AGAUUUUGAGACAGUGUUCACAUGCUACACGAUAUUAUAGUUUUUUUUUUUUUUUAAUUAUUAUUUACAAUAAUAAUUUUCCUAUUAUUUGGAUGUCCUCUAAGUUAUGGGUAUGGGUUGCUUAUCAAUUAAACCAGCUUCAUUUGAUGUAAGAUGUUAUAAUUUCUCAGCUGAACAAUUAUAGAUUAUGUCACUACCAAAAUCAAGUUAAUUAGCUAUUAUUUUAGACAAGAUUCAAUAAGGCUGCUAUAAAUGCUAUCACAGCCAUGUUUAUGCUAGAAUAAUGACCAUUAAAAUAAUAAUAAUAAUAAAGCACAGUGCAAUUAACACCAUUGUUUCAGUUCUUCUAUUGACCAUAGAUUACGUCCUCCGGACUUGUUUAGGAUUCAAACGCAUUACAUAGUUACAGUGGAGCCCAAAUGAGUUUCGUUCGGGGAUUAUUGAUUCCAUCUUUGAUUUCCAAAUCCAUCAAAUCUUGUAUCCAUCUCCAACUGAUACAUACAGAAACAGCUGCAAACGACGUCGUCAAAGCCAUCUGCUGUUCUCUAAGAGCUGGUCGGAACUGGGACAUUUUGACUAGAAAAUUCGGUUCCGUCGACUUGGAUGAAGUGGUUGUUAAGAAAGUGCUUUUGGAACUUAAAGAACCCGUCGAUGCAAAGCGAGCUCUGGGUUUCUUCCACUGGUCAGCACACAGCACAUUCCAACAACAUGGGCUUCAAUCUUACUGCAUUCUUAUUCAUAUUCUGGUUCGAGCUGGAUUAAAUUUGGAUGCCAGAGCUUUGCUUGAAUCGGUUUUGAAGAAAAAUUCUGGGAGUUCUUUCAGAUUCUCAGUGGUUGAUUCACUGAUCAGUAGCUACAAGGUAACGGCUUCGAACCCAUUUGUAUUUGAUAUGCUAGUUCAGGUUUAUGCCAAAUUGAGAAUGUUUGAGAUUGGAUUUGAUGUUUGCUGUUAUUUGGAUGAACGUGGGUUUUCAUUGAAUCUGUCAAGUUUCAACAUUUUGAUUCACGUUGUUCAAAAAUCUGAUCAGUUUGUUCUAGUUUGGAAAAUUUAUGAGCAUAUGAUUACAAGAAGAAUGUACCCAAAUGAAGAAACAGUCAGAAUCUUGAUUAAUGCGUUGUGCAAGGAAGGGAAGUUGCAGGAAUGUGUGAACAUUCUGGAUAGGAUUCAUGGAAAGAGGUGCUCUCCUUCUGUGAUUGUGAAUGCCAGUUUGGUUUUGAGAGUUUUGGAAGAAGGUAGAAUUGAAGAAAGUAUGGUGUUGUUGAAGAGGAUGCUACAAAAAAACAUGGUGUUGGACACCAUUGCUUACUCCUUGGUUGUUUAUGCUAAAGUCAAGAUUGGGAAUUUAGAGUUAGCAUAUGAGGUGUUUGAAGAAAUGCUUAAAAGAGGUUUUCAACCAAACCCUUUUGUUUAUACUUUGUUUAUCGGAGCCCAUUGCAAAGAGGGAAGAAUUGAAGAAGGAAAUUGCAUGAUGCAGGAGAUGGAAAACAUGGGUUUCAAGCCAUAUGGCGAUACGUACAAUUUUCUUAUCGAGGGGAGUGCUAAAGCGGGAAGCUUGGAAGAAAUGUUAAGGAACUAUGAGAAAAUGAUAGAGAGGGGUAUGAUUCCUAGUUGCUCAACUUUCAAUGAGAUGGUUGGAAAGCUUUGCGAAAAUGGAGAUGUGGAAGAAGCCAACAGAAGACUAACAGCAUUGUUAGAGAAAGGGUUCUUAGCAGAUGAAAUCACGUACUCUUAUCUCAUUGAUGGCUACGGAAAAAAAGGUGAUAUACAAGAAGUUCUGAAACUCUACUAUGAAAUGGAAUACAAAUCAAUGUCCCCUGGAUUACCCAUUUUUUCGUCACUGAUAAAGGGCCUCUGUCUGUGUGGGAAGCUGGAAGAAGCAGAGAAAUAUUUGGGUAUUAUGAAAGAUCGAUCACUAGUCCCGAGUGAGUGUUUGUACGAGACACUGAUUGCUGGCUACAUUGCACAAGGCAAUAAGGAAAGGGCACAUUUUCUUUAUGAUGAUAUGGUUUCCAAAGCGUUGAGGCCUAAUUCUUCCAAUUUCUGUGAUGAUGGUGUGCAAGACCUGAAGAGCUAGCUUUGCUGCUGAAGCAAAACAUGGUUUUCAAGCCGUAUGUUGAUACUUAAAAAUUUUCUUAUUAAGGGGAAUGCUAAAGCGGGAAGCUCGGAAGAAAUGUUAAGGAACUAUGAAAAAAUGAUAAGAGAAGGGUAUGAUUCCUAGUUGUUCAGCUUUCAAUGAGAUGGUUGGAAAGAAGCCAAUACAAGAUUAACAGCUUUGUUAGAGAGAGGGUUCUUUGCAGAUGAAAUCACUCUCUUAUCUCAUUGAUGGCUAUGGAAAAAAUGUGAAAUACAAGUUCUCAAACUCUACUAUGAAAUGGAAUACAAAUCAAUGUCCCCUGGAUCACCCCUUUUGUCAUCACUGAUAAAGAGCCUCUGUCUGUGUGGGAAGCUGGAAGAAGCAGAGAAAUAUUUGGGUAUUUUGAAAGAUGGUUCACUAGCCCCGUGUGAAAGUUUGUACGAACACUGACUGCUGCCUACAUUGCCAAGGGCAAAUAGGAAAGGGCACGUCUUCUUUAUAAUGAUUCGUUUCUAAAGCGUUGAGGCCUAAUUGUUCUUAUUUUUGUGAUGAUGGUAUGCACCACCUGGAUGGCUAGCUGCUCUGUUGAAGCGAAUUUUUUUUACCAUGGAUGUACAGGUGAAUUUAAUUUCGUACUUGAUCAAAAUUUUAUUGGGGAAAAAGAGAAGGAUAGAUUGGAAGAUGUGCAAUAUUUAAUUGCUGAUAUGAUAUAAAUAGCGAUAGAAUAGAUCCAAUCAAAUUAAUUAGGCUGAUCACAAAAAGGAUGAAUAGACAGUUUGUUGUCGUAGUCAUGGACUUAUGCAUGAAUAGGUCUUUCACUUAGUUACUGCAGGAACAAUUUGAAAGGUGUAGUGGAAAUUUUACUUUAGAAUAAUUAGAUGCAUAUGAUGAGAGAUUCAUUGUAAAUAUUUAUGUAUAUACAUACACAUUAUUUAUAAUAUAUAUUAUAUAUACA